GCAACCAUCAUCCCCGACACCGCAUGCGAGACAGCUUGAUUGAUACAUUGCAAGCUAUAUACCGCCCAUAGACACCUCCGAGAAGCUACAGAUCUGCUCCGCCCAAAUUUCCGACCAUGGCACGCCCACUGUCGCUGUUUAGCGUCAAUGCUAUCCUCAUUCUCGCUAUCGAUGACGGCUCUCGCAUACUGACGAAAUACUAUUCCAAUCCCCACCCUCCUCAGGGCGCAACCGAAUACCCCGGCCAGAUCGCAUACAAGACCGUGAAGGACCAGAAAGCAUUCGAGAAGGGACUAUUGGAGAAAACGGCCAAGCAGACUACGGACAUUAUCCUCUAUGACCAAAAAGUCAUUGUGUUCAAGAUGGAGUCGGACGUUAUGCUAUACGUGGUUGGAGGAGCGGAGGAGAACGAAGUUCUAUUAUACAGCGUUGUCCUUGCUUUGCGCGACUCGCUCAACAUUCUCCUAAAGAAUUCCGUUGACAAGCGUACAAUUGUCGAGAAUUACGACCUUGUGUCCCUUGCCGUCGAUGAGUUAGUAGAUGAUGGCAUCAUCCUGGAGACGGACCCGGUCAUUGUAGCAUCGCGCGUCAGCCGCCCACCAGCACAAGAUAUGGCAUCUAUGAAGAACAUUGAUCUUUCUGAGCAAGGCUUGAUGAACGCCUGGGAGUUUGGCAAGAGGACUCUUGCGAAUAGAUUGCGUGAAGGGCUUUAGAGCAUUUGUCCGGGCAAAAUAUGGCGUUGACGGCGUUUGUGGCAAUUCAAGCAUAGCGACAACUAGGAGAACGAUAAUUCUCCGUAACAAUUGAAUGAUGCGAAUUGAGGACAUAGAAAUGAUUGAAUAAAGACCAUACAUUACAU